AUGGGGCCAGGCACUGUUUUAGAAUCCGCAACGUAUGGAGACCCGUCAAAUUGGGCUGAUGACGGCGAUAUAGCACAGUCUCCUCAAAUCGGGGACUUAACCACGUGGGCAAACACAGAUGAUGCAGGCAUUGUCCCAAUAUCCAACACCCAGACCACGGAUAUACUAGUAUUUCCUCCCUACGGCCAUCCGCUGUCCUGGGGUGGGAUGGUGGAUGAGGGAAGCUUUUGA